CGAUAAGGGGAGGAGUUAAAUGAAUCGUUAAGGGUGGAGUCGAGGCCAGGCCUGGGUCUGACUGUGUGAAAGGGUGGGCGAUUUCCCGGGAGAUAGGCCGGAAAGGGCUGGUUUGUGAAGAAGGGAUGCGGUUUUAGACACUGGGUGAGUCUUAGAGGAAUGAAAGGGCCUGGGAAUGAGGCUUGAUAGAGUGGAAGGGGCGGUGAUUGGCUGGAAAAAUGCAGGCCCCAGAAUGGACUAAGCCUGGGGGUUAAUUGCUCAGUGAAAAGAACUGUGUCAGAGGACAAAGCUCCCCAACAAUGACCUCCACCGGGCAGGAUUCCAAUACAACCAGGCAGAGAAGGAGCAGGCACAGCCCACAGUCGCCCCUUCAGGACUCCAGCGUCACCUCGAAGCGGAGUGUUAAGAAGGGUGCCGUAUCUCGCUCAAGCCCAAAUCUAGCGGAGGUAAAGAAGAAAGGCAAAAUGAAGAAGCUCAGCCAAGCAACCGAAGAAGACCUAGUCGUGGGGCUUCAAGGACUGGAUUUAAACCUGCAGUCCAAGGCACAGGUUGGCACUGGCUUGGUGUUUGAUGAGCAGCUCAAUGAAUUCCACUGCCUCUGGGAUGACAGUUUCCCAGAAGGCCCUGAGCGGCUCCACGCCAUUAAGGAGCAGCUGAUUCAGGAGGGCCUUCUGGAUCGCUGUGUGUCCUUUCAGGCCCGGUUUGCAGAAAAGGAGGAACUGAUGCUGGUUCACAGCCUAGAAUACAUUGAUCUGAUGGAGACGACCCAGUACAUGAAUGAGGGAGAACUCCGUGUACUAGCAGAUACCUAUGACUCAGUUUAUCUGCAUCCGAAUUCAUAUACCUGUGCCUGCCUGGCCUCAGGCUCUGUCCUCAGGCUGGUGGAUGCCGUCCUGGGGGCUGAGAUUCGGAAUGGUAUGGCUGUUAUCAGGCCUCCUGGACACCAUGCCCAGCACAGUCUUAUGGAUGGAUACUGCAUGUUCAACCAUGUGGCUGUGGCUGCCCGCUAUGCUCAAAAGAAGCACCACAUUCAGAGGGUCCUUAUCGUGGAUUGGGAUGUACACCAUGGUCAAGGAACACAGUUCACCUUUGACCAGGACCCCAGUGUCCUCUACUUCUCCAUCCACCGCUAUGAGCAGGGUCGGUUCUGGCCCCACCUUAAGGCCUCUAACUGGUCCACCACAGGUUUUGGCCAAGGCCAAGGAUACACCAUCAAUGUGCCUUGGAACCAGGUGGGGAUGCGGGAUGCUGACUACAUUGCUGCUUUCCUGCACAUUCUGCUGCCAGUUGCCUUUGAGUUCCAGCCUCAGCUGGUCCUGGUGGCUGCUGGAUUUGAUGCCCUCCAAGGGGACCCCAAGGGUGAGAUGGCUGCUACUCCAGCAGGGUUUGCCCAGUUAACCCACCUACUCAUGGGUUUGGCCGGAGGAAAGCUGAUCCUGUCUCUGGAGGGUGGCUACAACCUCCGCUCCCUGGCUGAGGGAGUUAGUGCAUCGCUCCAUACCCUUCUGGGAGACCCUUGUCCCAUGCUGGAAUCUCCUGGUGCCCCCUGCCCAAGUGCCCAGACUUCACUCUCCUGCACUCUGGAAGCCCUUGAGCCCUUCUGGGAGGUCCUUGUGAGAUCAGCUGAGACCGUGGAGGAGGACAACUUGGAGGAGGAAAAUACAGAGGAGAAUGAGGAUGAGGGACCCUGGGAGCCUGUGCUGCCUAUUCUGACAUGGCCAGUGCUACAGGAUCGUACCGGGCUGGUCUAUGACCAAAGAAUGAUGAGUCACUGUAACCUAUGGGACAACCACCACCCUGAGACACCCCAGCGCAUCUUGAGAAUCAUGUGCCACCUAGAGGAGCUGGGCCUUGCUAGUCGCUGCCUCAUUUUGCCAGUGCGGCCUGCCACUGACACUGAGCUGCUUACCUGCCACAGUUCUGAGUACGUGGAGCGUCUCCGGGCCACGGAGAAGAUGAAAACCCGGGACCUUCACCGUGAGGGUGCCCAUUUUGACUCCAUCUACAUCUGCCCCAGCACCUUUGCCUGUGCACAGCUUGCCACGGGUGCUGCCUGUCGCCUGGUGGAGGCUGUGCUCUCAGGAGAGGUUUUGAAUGGCAUUGCUGUGGUGCGUCCCCCAGGACACCAUGCUGAGCAGGAUGCUGCCUGUGGUUUCUGCUUUUUCAAUUCUGUGGCAGUUGCUGCUCGUCAUGCUCAGGCCAUCAGUGGACGUGCCCUGCGGAUUCUGAUUGUGGACUGGGACAUCCAUCAUGGUAAUGGAACUCAGCACAUAUUUGAGGACGAUCCCAGUGUGCUAUACGUGUCCCUGCACCGCUAUGACCACGGCACCUUCUUCCCCAUGGGGGAUGAGGGCGCCAGCAGCCAGAUAGGCCGGGCUGCAGGCGAGGGCUUCACUGUCAAUGUGGCCUGGAAUGGGCCCCGCAUGGGUGACGCUGACUACCUGGCUGCCUGGCAUCGGCUGGUGCUUCCCAUUGCCUAUGAGUUUAACCCAGAAUUGGUGCUGGUCUCAGCGGGCUUUGAUGCUGCACGAGGGGACCCUCUUGGGGGCUGCCAGGUGUCACCUGAAGGUUAUGCCCACCUCACCCAUCUGCUGAUGGGCCUUGCCAGUGGCCACAUUGUCCUUAUCCUAGAGGGUGGCUACAACCUGACAUCCAUCUCAGAGUCCAUGGCUGCCUGUACCCACUCCCUCCUUGGAGACCCACCACCCCUGCUGACCCUGUCGAGGCCUCCACAAUCAGGAGCUCUGGCCUCCAUCUCCGAGACCAUCCAAGUCCAUCAGAAAUACUGGCGCAGUUUGAGGGUCAUGAAGGUAGAAGACAAGGAGGGAUCCUACAAGUCUAAGUCCUUUACCAAGAAGGUGCCCCAACCAGCCAAUUCUGAAUCUGCUAAGGGAAUAACAGCCCCAGAAGGGAAGGUUCUAGAAGAAAGCAAGGGGAAAGCUACCCCAGCAUUGUCUGCAGAAGAGUCCACUCUGAGCCAGACUAAAUCGGAGACAUCUAAGGUGGUGCUCACUCAGGACCAGUCCUCAGAGGCAGCCGCUGGGGAGGCCACAAUGGACCAGGCCACCUCAGAAGAAACUGUGGGGGAAGCCUCAAAGGCAACUACAGGGGAAGACUUGCUGGACCAGACCACUGCUGAAGAGGCCAUGGGAGGAACUAAGCCGAUCCAAAGUCUUCUAACCUCACGCACAGAGAAAAAGACUCCAGCAGGCUCACCCGUGCAGAAAACUCUAGAAGCUCAGACUGCAGAAGAGGAGAGCCUACUAGGAGAGGCGGCUGGAGGUCAGGAUGUGGGUGACUCAAAGCUCACAAUGGGAUCUGGGGAUCUUAGUGGCAUGGACCAGGCCAUAUUUUAUGCUGUGACACCACUGUCCUGGUGUCCCCAUUUGGUGGCAGUAUGCCCCAUUCCUGUAGCAGGCCUGGAUGUAACCCAACCUUGUGAGGACUGUGGGACACUCGAGGAAAACUGGGUGUGUCUGUCUUGCUAUCAGGUUUACUGCAGCCGUUACAUCAAUGCUCAUAUGGUCCGACACCAUGAAGCCUCUGGACACCCACUGGUCCUCAGCUACACUGAUUUGUCUACCUGGUGUUACCCCUGUCAGGCCUAUGUCCACCACCAGGCUCUCCUAGAUGUGAAGAACAUCAUCCACCAAUAUAAGUUUGGGGAGAAUAUGCCCCACCCACACUAAAUCCCAGAAUGUGCUCCCUUUUCUCUCCCUUCUGAGGCCCAAGACAGACCAGCCUUAGUUCUUUGCAACCCUUACCCUGGAUGAGGGUGGCCUCUUACUCUGCCAUACCCUGAAUAUCCUUUGAAAGUUGCCCAAGGGUGCUUAUUUAAAUGUACUAAAUACUUUUAAGAGGACUGUGAUGAUCAGUCAUGGACCUGCCCCUGCCUGCUGCCUAUUUGAGGGGCACCACUACUCUACCCCAGGAGAGAGGGGCAGCUCAGCAGCUCCACAAGAGAGCUGAAAUCACAAGGAUAAUAUUGGAGGGGGGGCAAGUGGCAGUUAUGGCAGGAUUGCAUAUUUAAUAAAAUGCAAGUUAUUACAAAACA